AUGCACAUUGUCGGCAGAUAUGCCCAGUAUGCAGAACUUGGCUCUAUGCUAGACCCUGCAGUUCGGUUCGACACCGCAACCCAAAGGUUUAUUCCAGCUAGCCCUGAAGGGGAUACUCACAUUGCUGUGGAUCAGGUCGCAGCGAAAUACAAGAACAGCGAAGCGGAAAAGGGUGUGUGGAACCAGAUUCGAAACGCAUUCCGGAAACUGGGGGACCAUGAGAACGCUAUCAAUGGAUGGCUGGGGCUUCUGCCCUCCGAAUCGAACUAUUUGAGCGUUGUCUGUGGAGGACUCAAGUUUAUCCUGCAUGCAGUGGCACGUGCCAAGGAGGUGCGUAAUGCCAUCGUCGGUGGCCUCCGUGAUAUUCCCAUAUUACUGGGUGGUGCUCAGAGGGUUUUGGCAAUUUAUAAGACGUCUGAGCCUCUCCGGGCUUGCAGCGAUGCUCUAUACCUUGCAGUUCUAACAGCUCUGGGGCAGAUGCUAGCAUAUACACAGAAGCACACUCUUAAAAAGGCACUGGGGGCAAUCAUGCGAAAUUCAAGCUUCCAGAUGGCCAUGACCCAAAGUAUUGAGGAUGUGCGAGAAUGCAAGGAUAAGUUCAAUGAGGAGGCUAACAUAUGUAGCAUGCAGAUGGCUAUUCAGAUCGAACGGUCAUUGCAGGGCAUUGACAAAACGGCUACAGGUACUCGUGAAAUGUUGGAGGACUCUAUGGAGCUUAUCUGUAGCGAGGUUAGAAGGACGCAAGCGCUUCAAGCUCAUGAUAACAAAACAAUCGAGGAGAAGAUUGACAGGAGUAACCAACUCAAUGAAAAGAUUAACUCAAAGUUGAACGCACUCCUGGUCUUAUUUGAGUGUAACCCACAAUUAGCGGAUGAAGCAUACGUCAAUUCUCAAGGGUUUUAUGCGCCUCCUCCAUACGCGAUGAUGUCCUAUGUAUCUGGUCACACAAGUCACCGCGUGGCCCAAGAAGCUUCAGUAUAUUCCCAACGCGACCUUCGUGCCAUUGUCCGAUCAAGACUCAUAUAUGAAGAACAUCGAGCCCAGGCUGAUGUUGUUGCUAAUUACCAACUAGCAGGAAGGCUAUCACUUGAAGACCAAGAUCGUUGCGUAUACGUGAUUCGUUCACCCGAGCUGGCAGCCUGGAUCCGUACGCCAACCUCCAGUAUCUUGGUAGUGAACGGCAACGCACCUAGAAACCAAUACCAAACGCCAUGGACUUUCACUGCCGCCCGGCUGAUAUAUACGCUCGACAUGAUGCGGGCCAAGAAUUCCGAUAACAAGGACCAAAUAGCUGCGGUCCAUUUCUUCUGCGGCGAGCAUGUUGAUACCAGCAGUGAGCUAGAUUUUCCGACAACCAUCGCGAACGAGAUUCUGUCACAGCUUCUGUCUUCUUUCAAGCAUAUCGACCUUGUUCCCCUUCUUAAGAUGGGCGAAUUCGAUGGGGACGACAUGCAAGCCGUCUGUCAACGGAUUGAAUGCUUCCUAGAUCUUCUGCCAGCGACAGCGGUUGUCUUUUGCAUAAUCGACGGGUUGUCAUUUUACCUCGCUGAUGAGCAGACAUCUGAGCGGGCAAAUGAGUUGCUUCGGUGGCUUAUCAAAUUGACACGCCAUCAACAAAAGGCCAGGAAACACUUGGAAGUAUGCACGUUCAAGUUAUUUCUUACUGCGCCGCGGCAGCUUCAAGGAUCGUAUGUCACAGAGUUAAAAGCGGAUGAAGUCCUAAAUGUGCCAAUCAGGCCUCCUAGAACAGGAGGCUUCACGGAAAUGAAAUGGGAAACUGGAGCGGGUGGCCAACUUGGCAUGCUAGGAUGA